AGCCAUUAAUUUCGGCUGGGUGCUGAGUGAAGACAUUCGGGGAAAAUUGUAUUUUUUUGGCGUGGCAUCGCCACGCAAGCCUUGGUUACUACAUCCCAAAGUAAAUUACUCUUGGGUGGAUAACUCCCCCAAGAGUUGUACUUGUAUUCGCCCGUCAAGCACUGAUAUUAGUCAGUCAUCGUUCGAAGAGCAUUGCUCAUCCUUUUUUAUACCGAUCGUCGCAAAUAUGGCUUGCUAAAAUGAAGCUAACUCAGAGAGGAAACGACGCGCCUGCAUGCGUGUGCAACGCUUCAUUCUAUCUUCUGUUCAUUGAUGCCAAUAGAAGACUCAAACAUGGAGAAAAAGAAUGUCAGCAAAGCAUCUGUGCUGACAAAAUGUAAUCCUGAUCCGAAAUCUAAGCAGAGUCUGGAAUACAAUGGCAAUGGUCGAGGCGGCGGCUGUCGAGGCGGUCGGCGUCCGGCGGGUUUCGGAGGAGGAGCGGCGGGCGGCGCGGCGGUCGGACGGAGGCCGCAGCCGCAGCGCUCCCGACAGGUGGCCGACAAGCGGCCGCGGGAGCGCGCCCAGCCCGCUGCGGGCGCUGAAUACGGUCAUCGAGAACAGGUAGCUGACGCCCGGGAGUCCAAUUCUGCGAUCAACCGAGGCAGCAAGAAAGGCUUCCAGGACGUCAGCUACUUGGUCAACUUCCGUUGUGAGUCUGCGCGCGACGCGCACGCGGAGCGGUACUCCGGCUCCCAGUGGCACCAGCAGCGCUACGGGGGCUACCAGCACCACGAGCCGCGCCCGCAAUGGGCCGCCAGCCGCGUGUUCCGACCCAAACACGUCAAGGAACAGUACCUGCAGGCCAGGUGUCAGCUGGUGGUGCGCGACGACGGCGACUACGCGGCCUGUUUGGGUGACGCUGACCGGCUGGUCGACUGGACAAUCGUCGAGCAGGUCUGGCUGCAGGAGGACGAGCCGACCACGUGUCCGAUCUGUCUGUACCGCCGUGGCGGCGCGCGUCACCGCUGCGGCCACACCUACUGCUGUGCCUGCCCCUGCACUACCUGGCGCUCAGCGACCAGGCCGCCCGCAAGUGUCCCAUCUGCGAGGAGACGGUGCACCCGGACCAGUGCGCCGGUGCGGCUGGUGCCGCGCCCGCCGGCCCGGCUCGGAGACACGGUGGCGUUCCGGCUGAUGCGUCGCCAGCCCGGCUCGCUGCUCGGCCAGCCGGUACAGGACGGAGAGCCCUGGGAGGAGCUGGUCACGCUCGGAGACGACGAGGAGCGACAGAGACUGGCCAGAAUCAUACUGGCCACGCCCAAACAG